CAGCGAUCAUGUACGAUGCGGCGAGGGUGCCAUCUCCUAAGGAUGGUGCAAACGGGAUGGCCCAGCCGGUGCUGCCCGGAGCGGGAGCUGCUGCAGGAGCAGGAGGGCCGACGCCCACCGCAGACCUACAGGCUAAAAGUGAGGAGGGUCAGCCAGGUACAGAGGAGGAAGAGGAGGAGGAGGAGGAGCCCAAAGCUGAGCCCGUACUAGUGAAAAAGCCACACAGAGAGAUUCUGGACCAUGAGAGGAAAAGGAGGGUGGAGCUCAAAUGUAUGGAGCUCCAGGAGAUGAUGGAGGAGCAGGGGUACACAGAAGAAGAGAUCCGGCAGAAAGUGAGCACGUUCAGACAGAUGCUGAUGGACAAGGAGGGCGUUAUCACCAGAGAGGGCUCACACACACAACCAGUGGUAAACCACCUGCACUACGAAGCUGAUUAUGGACAGAGCCAUCAAUUGGUCAGCUAUGAAGAUGGAGACUAUGACCAUGAUUACCACAGCGACAACAGAGUGAAGAGGAAAUCGAGCAGCUCUCCAUCCCCUCGUCCAAAGAAACGGAAGAAGAAGAAAUCUGGCCGCAGAAGGAGUCGGUUUGGCAGCUCCUCACCCACUCACAGAGAGAAGAAGAAAAAGAGUGGGAAGAAACACAAGCGAGACAGAUCUGCAUCAGGCUCGAGAAAAAAGAGGAGAUACAGAUCCGGCAGCCCAAAGAACAAACACAAAGACAAGAUCAAACAGAAAAAGAGGUCCCCUGGUGAGACUCCCAGCAGGAGUUCACAGCGUCAAGGCAGCUGCUGUAGCUCCCGCAGCGCCUCCCUGUCCUCCACCCGCAGCACCUCCAAAUCCCCCUCCAGAUUAAACUCCAAGCACAAGACGGACGGACAGAAGGCGCCCAGCACCUCGCUGUCCCCCGGCACCAACCCCCCCGCAGUGUGGCACAACGGGGACCACUCCCAGCGGAGCCGCAACGGCAGGGCCGGCAGACCCAACCACGGCGAGGGCGACAAAGUGCACGAUAAGCUCCGUCUGCUGACCGCUAACUCUGCAGGAAUGCAGUCCACUCUGCUGAGAGAGCACAAGCUCCACAGCGCCCCAAGCAGGAGCCAGGCGGGACAGAUGUGCGCUGCAGGAGAGGCUGGGGGUGUGGACGGCAGGAACUCGGCUUUAGGGAACUCCGUCACCCAGGCGUCAGGGAGGAGAGGGAGCCAGAGGGGCCAGAACAAGGGCUCCCACUCCCCCACUCACAGCAGCGACUCGGCCCACUCCCAGCACACCCACACCCACAGGGGGAGGAACUCCCGUCACCACAGAAAGUCAAAAGGGGGCCACUCUUCCAAGCGUCACCACCGCUCCAGUCGGGGUCAGGCGCACCACCGGAGCCAGUCUGCGUCACCGGGGCGUCACCCGCACACGUCAGGCAGGAAGAAGGAGGAGUCUCGGGGCAAACCCAACCUUCGGCAGCGCAGCAGCUCCUGGAGCAGCGGGCACUCGUCUUCACGCUCUGCCUCCAGAGACGGAGGCCCCUCCAAGGCCAAGUCCCCACACAGCAGCCAGAACAACUCCAGAGAGAAAGACAGCCAGAACCACUCUGACGACGAGAGCCGCGCUCGCCGCCGCUCCCGCAGCUACUCACCAAUCCGCAAGAGGAGAAGAGACUCCCCCAGCUUCAUGGAGGCCCGCAGGAUCACCAGUGCUCGCAAGCGGCCCAUCCCGUACUACCGGCCCAGUCCUUCGUCCUCCAGCCUGGACAGCAGCCCGUCGCGCUCCAGCCGCAGCCGGAGCCACAGCUCAAGCAGCUCCAGCCGCAGCAGGAGCCACAGCCGGAGCCACAGCCGCAGCCGGAGCUGGAGCCGGAGCCGCAGCCGGAGCUGGAGCCGCAGCAAGAGCCCCUCCCGCAGCCACCACAGCUACGACAGCCGCAGCAGCUAUGACAGCCCCGGAGUCUGACACUAAACACGCAGCACGUGAAGAAGGGAAACAAAAACAACCAGAGGAGAAUCAUGAUCUUUAACGGGGUCUCCACAGGGCCUCACUGCUGUCCAACCAGGGCCCAAACUCCUCGCCCCUGGACCAUCAUCUCUCCCUGAGCCUGGAUCAAAGUGGAGAAACGUAAUUUGAUAUAGCACAUCACUCUGAAAUUGGCUAUCACUGUUCACGUCUUCACAAAGGCAUUAAAGGAAAUGGGUCACCACAUGUCGAAAUUAAUUAGGUAUAGCCCAAAGAACAAAUCUCGCUGUAUGUUAGCACUUUCUUUCUCUUCUUCCACAACGCAACCAAAAAUGAAUUCAUUAAGAACUAUAUACUAUAUAAAUAUAUAUAAAUAUAUCCUAACAGUAGGAGCUGAGUAGAAGAUAAAAAGAGGACACAUCAACUGCUUAAUGAACAUUUCUGACUUUUUUUUUCCAAUCAUGUCCUCAUCUGCCUCAAAGACUUACAUCUCAUCGAGGAGCAGAGAUCAACAGCAGUUAGAACAAAAGAGAAAUCGGCGGAUGAAAUGGGGAGCAAAAAAGAAAAUGAACUUUUUUUAUGAUAAAAUUGUAUUGUAUAGGUUUGUCUGUAUAGUAAACUCUUACGUUCUGGCUUUGUAAACUAUGCACUGUAUAUUCCAUCUAGUUGAAGGAGGUUUGUUGAACAUGAUGCAUCAGGAGAGACUGGCAGGAAGUAGAGGUGCAUCAGAGCUCCCACUGGCCUAUACAGUAUGUCGGGAGGGGGGAAUUAUUUAUGAUGUACUUUUACUCUUCCCUGUUUAAAUUAUUAUGUUGAUUCUGCUAAUCCUGACUGUAUGUGAGAGUGUUUGUGUGUGUGUACCUCCUCUGCAAUGUCCAGUGAGGUAAUUAUUUAUGUGUACACUAAGGCUGCUGUAUGGUAGUGUACAGAAAACUGUCUGCAAAAUAUCUACCAUGCACACACACACAAACACACACGUGUUGACCACAGCUAUUUAUGAUCCUAUUGUAUUUAUUUGGUUAUUUAUUGGUUAUUUAUUAUUUAAUGUAUUUAUCAUGAACUGCAAAGCAGUUGGAUCAUGCUUUAAAGACGAGAUUGUGAUGCAAACAUGUUCCCUGUACGUUUAUGUCCACAGAAAUCAUGACAAGGCUGACGCCAUCAGGGUGGAGAUUUGACUGCAGUGUGUUUAACAUGCUCUUUGUAGCCGUUGGGCAGCAGACGGUCUUCGCACACAGUUUCUCCCACGAAUGCCACUACGGCACCCCCGGCCUCUUAGUAGUGGUUCAUUUGAAUGCAACCAUUAUGACUCUGCUUGUAUUAAGGACGGUGUGGAAAGAGAAGUCCAUUAUUCUACUCUACCGUAUGUUUCCAACCUAUACAUAUUCCAAUCCCUUGUAUAAUUGGCCGCAACAUGUUUCUGUCACAGGUCCCCUUGUUACCAGGAAAAUAUAUGUGAUGUAACCUAGCAUAGCAGAGACGAGACACACAGCUUCAGUUGUACGGUGAACAAACUGGCGACACAAUCAGGGAUCACCCUAAGUCUUCCUUACCAUUCGACCACUCAGUCACUCAGUGUUGCAUACCCAGUGUAACCCAACUGAAAUAAUCUGCAAACGUGUUCAUUUAUUGCAAGUAUAGCAUUGCCCCUUUGGUUCUCCAAGUCAUUCUUUGUAGUGUACAAGUUAUAAUACCUGACAAUAAACAGAAACAAAUGGGGAAA